GGCCGCCUGCAGGAGUCUGUGCGCGGCUGUUGGCUGUGAAAUCCUCCGGAGCGAAGCGUCUGCAGCGUCACAGUGAAACAGCAGCUUGAGUGUGGAGUUACUGACGGAUAACAGACGCAACAGGGUUCUAACACCGACAUGGGAAGAGAAGUCUCAGUCACCUUGUAAGAUGUUUCCUCACCACAGAGAAAGGGAGCAGCCGAUCUUCAGCGCCCGGGCCCAUGUUUUCCAAAUCGACCCCAACACCAAGAGGAACUGGAUCCCUGCCAGCAAACAUGCCGUCACCGUGUCCUUCUUCUACGACGCCAACCGGAACGUCUACCGCAUCAUCAGCGUGGGCGGGACCAAGGCAAUUAUCAACUGCACCGUUACACCCAGCAUGACGUUCACCAAGACAUCCCAGAAGUUUGGGCAGUGGGCUGACAGCAGAGCCAACACUGUGUAUGGUCUGGGUUUCGCUACAGAGCAACAGCUGCACCAGUUCUUAGAUAAGUUUAAGGAGGUGAAAGAUGCAGCUCGUCUGGCUCGUGAAAAGUCGCAGGAUAAAGAACUGGCCAACACAGCACUGACCAUCGCUGCUCCUCAGUUCUCACAGGACCUCGCCGACGAACUCCAGUCUCCUCCUGUGAUGUGUGUGAACGGACCCGAGGACAAGCUGUUCCGCAGCCAGAGCGCCGACAUCACCCUGUCCUCUGAGAAGGAGCGUAUCAAAAAGAUGCUCUCUGAAGGGUCUAUUUGUGAGAUGAACCUGGAGGCUGAGCUCUUCACUCUGCAGGACAGCAACUCAAAGCUGGUGGCAGCUUUGCACGAGGCUAAUGCUAACGUGGAGCAGUGGAAGAAGCAGCUGGUGGCGUAUCAGGAGGAGACGGAGCGGCUGCGAGACCAGGUGUCUGAAUUGGAGACCCAUGGGGGCCAUGGCCCCAGUGACCUGCUGAAGGACGAGCUGACCCAGUCUCUAGAGGAGCUGGAGGCGCUGCUGAAAGCCAAAGAUGAGGAGAUCCACAUCUUACAGAGCAAGAAGGCUGACUACCAUGAAAUGGAGCAUGAUAGAAAUGAGGCCAUGCACAGAUUACGGGAGAUGGAGAUGCGUAAUUCAGAUUUGGAGCGGCGCAUCCAGAACACAGAGCAGAACCUGGGUAACUCUCUGGAGGAUCGGGAUCGCAUGGACACUGAGAUCCAGAGAGCCAUAGAGAUUCUGGACAUCAAGAUCUUUGACCUUAAUGACCUCCGCCAGAGCCUGGUUAAACUCAUUGACAAAUAAGAAAGAAAGAAAACACAAAUCCAUCAGAGAGCAGGAAAGAGGAGACUGAGUAAAAAAAUGUGUUGGCAGCAGCUAGUAAAGGAAACAAGAUGGAGCUGGUCCCUGUCCUCUUCAAGCACAAGAAGCACCUCGGCUGCAGGAAGGCGACUCCACAUGUGCGUUGCGGCAGUGGCUGCGCUGUGCUCACCAACACACUGCCGGUGUUGGCCUUUAAGCAGCGGCUUAUACACGGUAAUGCUUGUCCGAUCUAAUGUAACGCUUCAUGUUGCUUUCAAGGUAAACAUUCAGUGCAAUAAAACCAACUUUAAGGUAAGUGCUUAACACUGCUAGACAUUUACUAUUGAGAACUGGUGCUUGUAGUUUUUCAUGUAUGUUUUUUUUUUUCAAGUAUGACUUUUGUAUUCAAAAAACCAACAAACAGCGAUGCAGUGUCAAUAUGAACAAUAAGAGGCCUUGCUUUUAUUUUUAUUUUUUCACUGACAGGUCCAAAUUUGACAAUGAGAUGAGUCAAGGAGAAUUCAAUAAAACAGUGCACAAGACAAAAGUACUUUGAAGAGAUUUACCUGUUUAACAACCUGCAUUCAACAUAGUAAAUUAACAUUGAGUUUGAUUUGUGCAGAGAUAAACUUGUGUAUUGUCUUGUCGUCGCCUGUGCGUACUGUAGCAGCUACAAUGUGGUGUCGGUGAAAGACAGAGAGGUUUUCUAAGUAAUGACGUACAUUAAAAAUCAAUGAUACAGUUGUGCUAAUACUGUUCAAUACAACAGGGGAGGCAUGGACACACAGCUUGAACAUGGAUCUGAAUAUUGACACCAAAGAUCAAAUGUUAAAAGCAGUCGUUGGCAGCAGCUCGUCUCUCAUCACAUCUGUGUUUAAACUUGUGAGGAACCUUUAGAUAUAAAGUAAGUUACAGAAACUCUUAGGUAAAUGUUAGUAUAUGAUGUAUUAUGCAAUUAGAAUAAGGAUAAAUAAGUGUUUUUAGAAUAAUAUAUCAAAUAACGCUACAGUGAUUAACGAGUAAACGUAAGAAAUAAAAACCAUCACUUAGAUUAACAGAUAAGUUUAACUGACAUUUGCAUCAUCUCUCAACUUAGCCACUUAUUUAUGAUCGCUGCCCCUCUGAAUAAACACGUGGCUCUAAAUGCUGUGACACAUUCAAGGACAUUUAGGAGACAUUGUUGUCCUGUUGUUUUUCAGCACGUUACCUUUAUCACCAUUUGCCAUAGGCCUUGAAAGUGUGGCUGUACUGUGUGAAAAAAGACACUGUUUGUAUUGUAUAACAUUGUCUAUAAAGCUCUGUUUGUAUAAAAUUAUUUUUCAGGCCUUACUGUUCUGUUUAAGGAUGAUUGUGGACAGCGACGCCAGCUCUCUGAGCUUUGAACGACAGUUUGGAAAUAAAAACAAAGAACACAGUC